GCAGCGUUUGCUCACUCAUUAGGCAGUAUCAACAUGGCAGCUUUCUGAGUUUUGGAGGAGGGGGACCUGGUGUAAAUAAACACAAAUUUCACGUUUAACAGACAACGACAGCGCUCGGGUGUUUGUAUUUAGGACUGCCUGGAGCCGUGCAGGGAAAAUGUCGAGUGACGGAAACAGAAAACAGUUCUGGAAAAGAAACGCAGCCAAGGUUCCUGGCAGCAUUCAACAUGUAUAUGGCGCACAACAUCCACCUUUCGACCCGCUUCUUCAUGCUAAUCUAAUUAAAGCAGGCAACAAGCCUCCUCCGGCCACGCCAGGCAAGCCCAAGAAGGCCACCACCUUCCAGGAGUUUGAGAGCAUCACAAGCGAUGCCUGGGAUGUUGGGGACGACGAUGAUGAGCUGCUGGCCAUGGCUGCACAGAACCUUAACAUCGAGGUGGUCAUGGAGACGGCCAAUAAGGUAAUUGAGAAUCACAGCAAGCAGCAGGAGAGACAGAGGCUGGACGACACAACAGAGCUGGAACAGAGGGAAGAGGACACGCAGGAGGAGGUGGCAGAAGACGAGGAGGAGGACGUGGAGGACGAGGAGGACAGGGCGGAGGAGGGAGACGUGACCAGCCCGGAGUUGUCAUUCGCCUCCCAGAGCAGCCCCUAUACUGAUGGCCGCCUGGUGAAAUCCCACAGCGAGGCUCCAAUUGGGUCACCUAAAGAGGCAGCAGGCGAGUGUGCAGCCCUCCACAGACAGCGGUCUCUGCCCCACCGGCCACCCGUCAUCCCACUAGUGGCCCGCAUGGCCGACCAGAACACAUCUGGUACCCCAGCCAUGACCGAGAGGGAAGCUUCCCGUCUGGAUAAGUUCAAACAGUUGUUGGCCGGACCCAACACAGAUCUCGAGGAGCUACGGAAACUCAGCUGGUCUGGAAUCCCACGACAGGUCCGACCAAUUACGUGGAAACUCCUUUCAGGUUACCUACCAGCUAACGCAGAGAGGAGAGAGAGCGUCCUACAGAGGAAGAGACAAGAAUAUUUUGGCUUCAUCCAGCAAUACUAUGACUCCCGCAAUGACGAACACCAUCAAGACACAUACAGACAGAUUCACAUUGACAUACCGAGAACUAAUCCUCUUAUUCCUCUUUUUCAACAAGCUUCUGUCCAAGAGAUUUUUGAGCGGAUCCUGUUUAUUUGGGCCAUCCGCCACCCAGCCAGCGGCUAUGUGCAAGGCAUCAACGACCUGGUCACGCCGUUCUUCGUGGUCUACGUCUUUGAGUACAUUGAGGAGGAAGUGGAAAACUUUGACGUGUCCAGUCUCCAGGAAGAGGCUCUGAGGAACAUUGAGGCUGACAGUUUCUGGUGCAUGAGCAAACUGCUGGACGGCAUCCAGGACAACUAUACAUUUGCCCAGCCAGGCAUCCAGAGGAAAGUCAAGGCCCUGGAGGAGCUGGUCAGCAGGAUUGAUGAGUCUGUACACCGCCACAUGCAGCAGUACGAGGUGGAGUACCUGCAGUUUGCCUUCCGCUGGAUGAACAACCUUCUGAUGAGGGAGCUGCCACUACGCUGCACGAUCAGACUGUGGGACACCUACCAGGCUGAACCAGAGGGCUUCUCCCAUUUCCACCUAUACGUGUGCGCGGCCUUCCUGGUGAGGUGGAGGAAAGAGAUUCUAGAGGAGAGGGAUUUUCAGGGGCUAAUGAUCCUCCUGCAGAACCUUCCCACAAUGCACUGGGGCAAUGAGGAAGUGAGCGUGCUGCUGGCCGAAGCCUACAGGUUGAAGUUUGCCUUUGCUGAUGCGCCCAACCACUACAAGAGAUGAUAAGCGUGUAUCUCUGCAGCUGCUCCCCUUCUCUUCCUCCUCCUCCUCCUCCUCCUCCUCCUCCUCAUACUCCUCCUUUUCCUUCCCUCACAGUCAUCUACUGAACUUACAGGCCUCUAUUCCUACAUGGAAGGACCUCCCCUUUUCUUAACCUCCCUUUCCCAAAUUGCCCAAUGGGCCUUUUCAGCUACUAAGAGAUUCGAAUCAACCAAUGACUGGGAGGAUAUGCGGUGUAGCAUUCUAACAUGUUGAUGUGGAGCCUUCUUUUAAAUUAUUUUUUUCUCUGAUCAGCUCUGAAAUGUGCACUCCUGCACAGAGCCCUCCCCUUCAUCACAGAAGACCACGACUGUGUUGGAGUUUGGUCUGCUCAAGCUGAGGCCUCAAAGUACAACCUCAGGCCUGAUGCUGGACCGCAAGCUUGUUGCUCAGCACCGCCUGAGGUCUACUCUGGCUCAGAAAAAUGCUCUUUUCUGCUUAUUGUUAUUUCCAGUACCAUGGCAAUACAUUGUUCUUUGGCCCCCCCCCCCCCGAGGCAAAAAUCUGACCUUUUUUUUUCAGUCAAAGAAAGAUGGCAAAAGGGCACUGUGCUAGAUGGUUUACAUAUCUGAGCCCCUCUCUUGGUCACAACACAACCUGAAGGAACAGGACCUCUCAUGUUCUUUCUUUUUUUCUCUCUCCUGCUUCGUGCCAGGAGGGGACGCAGGUUGUUUUCCCUCAUGAACACACCAGGAUUUUUCUGAGAAAGAGAGAGAGAGAGAGUCAGUCUCUGAAGGGAAACGUCACGUUCCUCCCUCCUCCCCACAAACCACACACACCAGCUCGAUCCCCCGCUUUAUCCAGUCCUCCCACCCACACGCCGAUAUCACAGCGUCUGAGUGUAAGACAAACACUGGUAAGAGGCUGCAGGUCAGGACAGUCACAGAUACGCAGAUCAACAUCAAAGAAGGUAAUAAGCCAUUAGGAGUAUGAAAGCUACUUAUUCCCACCCAUUAGGUUUUCCUCAGACCUGCCUGUAUAUGAAGGGCCAUGUCUUAUCUUUUAACAACUCCUCUUCUCUGAACCAAACACUACCUCAGAACACACAAAUAUUGAGAAGUGGAAAUCCACUCAUUAAGGCACAUACAGGCCUAAAAUACAUCGGCACAUCAACAGGAACUGAAUUCUCCUCAUGGAAGAUAAAUUUGUGAAAUUGUGAAAAUCAAAAUGAGCAAUUUUGGCUUAAGUUAAUUAUAAAGUUUUUUUCUUUCUCACCCAUUCCUCUCCUCCAGUCUUAUGGGCCUUAGUUUCAUGGGUGUAAAAAAUAUAUCACAUUCAACAUCCCAGUAUGUUGUCCUUUGGUUUGGUGUACGGGGAAAUAGUCUUUGAUAUUAUGAGGAGAACAGACUUCAUGGGACUUUAUCAGUUUUCAGUGAGGAGUCACUCGUUUGUUUGAUGAUUUCAACAGCAAAUGUGCAACAGUUUACAGAAUGAAUUCAGAUAAGGAGAAGUAUUUCAUUACACAUUCUCUGAACAGUAGUUCCAUCUCAAAAAUUCACCCAGAAGGCUUUUGUUGCCUGUAAAUACAUGAAAGCACUGCACAGGUUUUUUGCAGCCUCUAUCUGUAAGGAAGUCCUGCACCUUUAAAAUGUAAUUACACAUGCUUGAUCCAUAUUGGUUCUCUUAAUUGAAUCAUGUGUAACCCGCACUGGGCUGCUGCAGAAUGAACAAAACGACAUUUAUUUUACUGUCUAUUAUAACUUGAUAUCCAGCACAGAUUCAUAAUUAAUACACUGGGCACACUGAUAAUACAGAGUUUCUCUACAUGUUAUCAUAUAGAAAACACAAUGUAAUCAGGACAUAGCUGUGUGAACCAGAAUUUUCUUUUCCAUCAAGCAAAAGUAGUAGUUUUUAAAUUUUCUAAAUAUUGCAGUAGGGAUAGACCCUCUGCUGUAAAUAACACAAAAUAACAGAGCAGAAUCAUGGCUGUAAAUGUGUUGGUUACUUUAGCUUUUGGUGGGAGGAAUUUAUUUUUAAUUUGUAUUCCCAGACUUGGAAAUGCUGCUCUGAACUGAAUAUCAGAUAUGCACAUAAAUGAACAAAAACAGCAGGUGCGUUUAAACGCAACCUUAUUAUUCUUCUGCACAUGACCUUCCACUUAACACUGCUUAGUGUAGAUGUGCCAUUACAGUACCUUUGUCUUUUCUCACCGCCUUUGUUGCAUACAUUGUCCCAUUCAUUCAGAACACAUGCAGUGUCUUAUUCAAAGUCAGUGGCACCAUAUUGGUGUAAUGUUAGGAGGCGGGGGUGGUGGAUGGUGGCGGGGUAAUCAGACAUUCAUGACAUAACACAAAGCUGUUAACGUUCGGAGCUUCCUGUUGAGACUCCGCCAGGAUCCAUUAUUGUCACCCGAGUCUCACAAAGACGGUGUGCAUAGGUGUGUGAAGGGGAGAUGGAAGGAGAGAGGGGAGAGAGUUGUGUUUCUUUGGAUGUUUCAGCGCCUUUUCUGUGAGAGCUGUCAGUCUUUGAUCAUAUGUUGGGAUUUUUUUUUUUUUUUUACACAGUGUGCACCAGUUUCACAAGCCCCUCAUCUCCCAUGCUCUCUGACAAGGAAAAACUGCACUUAAUUUAAAAGUCUAUAGCCUUUUUUCCUCUCUCUCUCUCUCUUUUUGUAUGAGAUAUAUUCUUUCAAUCAGCAUUUUAAAGAUUUGUCUUUUUCCUCUCUGGUUUUAUUUUUUUAUGCUGUUUACAUGACAAGUCUAUUAAGUUGUGCCUGACUCUGGAGACACGAGCCAACAGCCUAGAUAUGUUUUUGACCUCAAAUUAACUUGGAAAGGUUUUAGAUUUCUGCAAGCAAUAGUAUGACAUUUUGAAUUUGCUGUGAAAGGACAGAAAAUAUCUUCUUCUGUUUUUGUGCACAUCUAGUUUUUGGGGUGUGUAAACCGCCAACUUACAAACAUACUCUGGGCAUUUACACCAUAUUAAUAGUCCAAACUUGACAACUGACUGUUUGCUAAACUGCCCCUGAACAGUGAUUGUCCAGUCACAGCUUAGCCUGUCAAACUAUGUUUCUCCACAUGCUGAUGUGUGCAUAGGGCACUUAGCAUUUAAAGAGUUUGGAGGGCUGUGUCUGUUUUUUCCAAAACCUGAAACACAAGAGGUAAAGUGUAAGGAAUGUAUUUAUUAUUUCUAUUGCUAAUUCUACUUCCAAGGCCAAGAAACAUAUCAUUAGACUAACGUUAGCUGCAGCAACCCUGCCAAUACUACCCAAGAUAGCAUUACAUUUGUAACACAUUGGUUUGUUCUCAUUCUAAAUGCCCUGGAGCAUUUUUACUAAGAAUCAAUGAGAAACAUUUAAAAGUUAGCAAGAGACAGUGUUCUAAAUCAGCUAGCUUAAUUAGCUAACUAGCUACAGCAAAUAAAAUCUGCCACUGACAAUUUGAUGGUUGCCAACUAGCUGUGAUCAAAGACCCAUUGUUUAAAAAUUAGAAUUUUGAAUUUAUAAAGAAGUUCAGAGUUAAAUCCACCACUGAUCAAAAAGCAUGUGCCAAGAAUGGGAAGCUUGACAGGCAUAGCAACAGUAAUUAAGGGAGGCGGGGCUUAGCGAACAGUCAGUUAUUGUCCUGUAUAUUAUCCAAAGCCCUAGUUUUUAAGACGUUAUGUUGCCUUAUUGCACACAUUAAUAUUAAACACUGUGGGAGAAUAAGUGAUGCCAGGGAUGCCCAGGGCAACAAAUAAUGUUGGAGGUUGACAGUUAUUGUACUGUCUUUGGAUGUGUGUGCGUGCAUGUGCGUGUGUGUGGGAAGGUCAUGGGCAAACACUGUAGGUUCGAGCCCCCGUCUUCUUCUUUUUAAUUCAUUAGAAGAAUUUCUCCGUUUUUGCUGUAUGCAGUCAUUUCCCUUUAACCAGAAUUAGCUGCCUAUCAGACAUGGUUUCCUAAACAAACACAUUCAGCUGCUGCCAGUGUCAGAUUAGCCCACCUGUAACCCACUGGCUCUCAGCACACACACACACGUCUCCAUGGUGAUGAAGGCCAAGGUGCUAUGUGGCUGGAGCCCUUUUUCUGUCACACAGGCAAAUUUCACACAUUCUUUGGAGCGUCUUCAGGGCGUAUCCUUAAGUAACAUUUUCAGCUGCUCUCACUUCUUUGAGUAUUUUUUUUCUUCUUGCUCUACUUGUCCAGACAUGAAAAUAUGUUUAUGAAAACCAAACAGGAAAAAAAUAAUCCUCCCAUGUGUUCUGCCUCUUGAGUACUCUGAAAAAUCUAAUAAUACUAGAGCAGUGUGGGUGACAGGAGUAGUGGCUGUUGAAUUUAAAAUGUGUACAGAGAAGAUUUUGAAACAAAAAUCUGUAAAUAGAAAGUGUAAAUAAAUCCUAUAUAUGACAAAA